AUGCCUUUCCUAGGUUUUAUCGAUGACAAUAUUGCAAUGCUUAUCUUUUAUAUAUUCACAUGCUUAUUUGGACCUGAUUCUGAAAUUGGCACGAAUUUCCGGGCGAAGUUUAUAAGCCAUUAUGGGCCUUCGUAUUCCACAGAUCCUCAUCUCCAAGGUUACAUUCCAAUCAGUCUUAAUCACAAUAGCAUAACCCCAAUGCCGGCAAAACAAUCUAAGUCACCUUUUAAGCAUCCCUGGUGGCUGUCUGUGGAUCGCUUGUUUUCGGGCCCUGAGAACAUUGGCGAGUCCAUGCGUUGCUUGGAUGAUAGGCUCAUCAUUGAAUUGUCCAAGGCUAUCAGAGCUAAAUCUGGUUGGACCACCAAAUAUAAGGACAAAGAAAUUGUCGAGAAAUGGAAGGAAGAAUUCAAAGAUCAGAAUCCCAAGUCUCGGCACGUAGACGAAGUAUUCGAUUAUAUGUUGAGGGAACUCCAGUGGUACGACAAGAUAGAGUCGACUCGUCCUGAAUUCUCGGAUAAGAAGUUUAAAAUGGGACCAGAUGACAGAAUUGUAUUCAGUGACGAAGCAAUUGACGAGAAGACGGCCGAAUCUUUUGCGUCUGCAGUGACUGAAUUCGAAAAGGUCACGCCUAAAGAUUAUCACCCGGGAUCCAACAAUUUGGUGGUUGAUCUUGUACACCCAUCGCUUUUUCACUUACAAUAUGGUCGGACGAAGAUGGUUAAGGAGGGGGCGUUGAGAGUUGUAGAGUACGAAGAAGAAGUUGGGAAUUUCAAGAAAACGGAUUUUUUGCCCUUGAAGAGGUUCCAGUGGCUACCCGCAGAAUUGUGCUUAGACAGAAAGUCUAAAACGUUCAGUUUCACUUCUUACAUCAAUAAUCUUCAUCCAUUGAAGUUCCCCGAUUUGUACUCUCGUAUUGCUGCCGUGUUCAAUGAAGUAAUUCCGGGCUUGAACUUCUCGCUUGCCAGGUACUUAUCCAAGCAGUAUAUUCGUGUUCCGAUUCCAGCUGGUCCUCACGCUUAUAAAGGAACCGAUGACGAAUUCUAUGAGAAGUAUGAAAUAGAUGGUCGUUUAAGCAAUGAGGAAUUCACAAAAGCAAGAAUUGAUUUCAUGAGAGAUUUCCCUCCGACUUACACUGAAGAUCCUGUCACCGAAAACUUUGAUGUUCGUGACUUUUCAAGAUUGAAAGUUAUAGUCAAACUCGCCAAUAUUGAGCUUACACCUGAGAACCCCAAGUAUGCUGGUGGCUCGUGGCACGUGGAAGGGACAAUCAAUGAAGAUAUCGUUGCAACUGUUCUCUACUACUACCAUAUGGACAAUAUCAAGGACAGCAAACUCUCUUUUCGGGCUGGUGUUUCAGACCCCUAUGACAAUAAUGUCGAAGAUGGUUUGCAAAUAGAUCCGUGGGUCUGCGAGCAUUUCUACGGCUUAAAGAUGGACGAAGAAUUUAGUUAUCCUAUGGGAGCAGUGGAUGCCCAAGAAGGAAGAGUGGUUAUUUUCCCUAACUACUUUCAACAUCAUGUCGAUCCUUUUGAAUUAAUAGACCCUCAUAAACCAGGACUGAGGAAGAUUUUGUGCUUCUUUGUUGUGGAUCCGUACAAUGAUCUUGUCAAGUCUACCAAGGAUGUUCCACCGCAAAUGAAAGAGUGGGUUGAGGAUAAGGAAUUAAUGUCCAAGUACUUCCCUGAAAUUAAACCGGAAGAAGUUACUACGAUGUCCUGGGAAGAGGCAACAAAAGCGAGAGACGAGCUUAUGGCCGAAAGAGCAGAGUAUGACCUUUCUUAUGAUGAUUUUGAUGCAUACCAUCGAUACUUCAGUUUCUGUGAACAUUGA